AUGAAUAGACAAGUGUGUAAAUGGUUCAAAUCUCUAUGGUUUCAUUUUCCCGAUGAAUUGAAAAAUGAUGAAAACUAUAAUUUUGUAUAUGGUGAUCAAACUUUCAAAAGGUAUUGUACUAAUAAUAGUUGUGAUAACAAUCUUGAAAAAAUUAAUGCUGCAUGUUUAUAUUUGUUUAAUGCAUUCUUUGUGGAUUAUAAUUCGUUUAAAGAUAAUGCAAAAAAUAAUAUCGAUGUUGUUUAUUACAUUAUUAUAUGGUUAAGUUAUAUGUUAAGCCUAAAAGAAAAUGGAAUCAAUAAAUUAAACGACUUCUAUACUAAGCAUAUAGAAACAAAUAUGCACUAUAAAAAUAAAAUAUAUGGUGUUAGUGCUUAUAAUUGUUAUAAAGAAAUAAUAGAUCAAAAAAGAGAUUUGUUGGAUAUAAAUAAUAAUAUUAUAUCUAAUUUUUAUAAAGCAUUUAAAUCAUUAUAUGAAAUGUAUUAUGCAUUUGAUGGAAGCACAUCAAAUUGCACAAAAUGCUUGAAUAAAGCUAAUCAAUUUGUUGAAGAAUAUAAAGAACUUAAUGAAAAUUCGAAUAAUACUGAUAACAGUCCAUAUAGAAAAAUAUUGUCUACAUUAUCAUCUGAUUAUAAUAAUUUAAAAAAUGAAUGUAAAAAUGCUCAAGACAUCAAUUUUCCAAACCUUCCAGAGAUAAAAACAACACAACCUUCAGUAGAAUGUUCUGAUGAUAAUUCUGCACAAAAAUCUGAACAAACUGUAAAAAGUUCUGAAGAAAAGUCUGAACAAACUGUAAAAAGUUCUGAAGAAACGUCUGAACAAAUUGUACAAAGUUCUGAUUUUACAUCAUCAAGUUCGUCGAUAGUAAGCAAAGUAAUUCCAGUUUUAUCGAUAUUUGCUGCAAUACCUAUUUUUUUGGGAAUUUCUUAUAAGUAUUCGUUAUUUGGAUUUCGGAAACGAUCUCAAAAACAUUUAAGAAAAAAGCUAAAAAAAUAA